GACAUGUCUGUGGUGACGGGCAGCAGCGAGGCAGCCGGCGGGGCCGGCGGCGGAGGCGCGCGGGUCUUCUUCCAGAGCCCCCGGGGCGGCGCUGGCGGCAGCCCCGGCUCUAGCCGCGGCGCGGACUCCUCCCGGGAGGGCUCGGCGCCGGUGGCUCCGGCAGCCGGCGGCGGGCAGCCCCAGCAGCAGCAGCGGCGCCACCAGCAGGGAAAAGUGACGGUGAAAUACGAUCGGAAGGAACUGAGGAGGCGACUGGUGCUGGAGGAGUGGAUCGUGGAGCAGCUGGGUCAGCUGUACGGCUGCGAGGAAGAAGAAAUGCCUGAUGUGGAAAUUGACAUUGACGAUCUGCUUGACGCAGACAGUGAUGAAGACAGAGCGUUAAAAUUACAGGAAGCCCUUGUAGACUGCUACAAACCAACAGAGGAAUUUAUCAAAGAGCUGCUGUCUCGGAUCAGAGGCAUGAGGAAACUGAGCCCUCCGCAGAAGAAGAGUAUAUGA